AUGCGGCAGUGCCGGGGCGCAGGGCUGGCGGGGCUGGCCGCGCUGCUCCUGGUAGCUGCUGGCAGAGCCCAGGUGCAGCAGGACCCAUGGGCAGAGACCACCCAGGGCACCGGCAUCAGCAUCAACUGCUCACACCCCAACAUAAAGAUCACCGACUUCAUCCACUGGUACCGUCAGCUCCCUGGCAGAGGCCCCGCAUUCCUCGUGAGCAGUCUUAAAGGGUCCAAAGAGCUGCGGAACCCAUCAGGGCGGCUGUCGGUGGCGGCAGACCGCCGGUCCAGCGCCCUGUGGCUCGCCCGGCCCCGGUGCGGGGACGCGGCGGUGUAUUACUGCGCCCUGGAAGACACGGGGAGAGGUCCAGGAACUACCUGUUCAAAGGAAACAGAGGUCGAGGCCCUGCAGCUGUCCCGGCUGCAGCUGGCGCUGUGCAGGCUUAUUCUUCCUGGAGGACGGGGAGAGUCCACUUGCCAGGAGACAAUCUUCUGCCCGUGCAGAGCCACCGAGCACUCUCAGCCCGGGCGAGAGACCGCGAGUGGCGCCGGCACAGGGCUCAGCCCCGGGGCGGAGCUGGCGUCGGAGGAGAGGAGAGGAGGCGGCGGAGAGGAGGUGCCGCGGCUGGAGCAGUGA